CCGAAUAACAAUUGAAAUUGAAUCCCAAUCCCAAGAAAUAAUACGUGUAUUCGGUAAUACCAAAUAUAGAAAAAUUCGGUGCGGUAUUCGGUAUAUCCCAAAUACCGGUACCAAACUUCCAGCCCUACCUGCAGGAUAUGGACACCAAAAUCAAGCACCUGGCGGAUGCUCUUGCUUCCAGAACGACUAGCACACUUCUUGGCCAAACCCUGCCAAAUCUCAGAAAUCAAAAGAGGGGUUACACGCCAUCACGCUGAGAAGUGGGACUAUGACUGCGAUUACACCGCCGAAGAGUACCAAGACGGUGAUACAGAUCACCCUAGACCCAAAAGUGGACCUGGUGAUGGAAAAAGAGCCGAAGGCUUGAGUUCCAAAGCCAUAUCUAGUAGUGGCUGAAUAUAAGUCUAAGCUCCCUUUUCCCACCAGGAUGUACAAAGAUAGGCUUGAGGCAGAGUUUGGCAAUUUCAUGUCCAUGCUCAGGAAGUUGAAUGUUGAAGUGAACUUCAUGGAGGCACUAUCUCAGAUGCCUAAGUAUGCGAAGUUCCUGAAGGAUCUACUCUCGAAGAAGCAGAAGCUGAGUGAGCUGGCCACUGUGGAGCUUAGCAAGGAGUUCUUGGCCAUUCUGCAGAAUAAGCUUUCGCCGAAGCAGAAGGACCCAUGUAGUUUUACUAUCCCGUGCUCCAUUCGAAAAUUGCAUGUAGAGAGGUCAUUGGUGGAUCUAGGUGCUAGUAUCAAUGUUAUACCAUAUAAAUUAUUCAAGAAACUAGGCCUAGGUGAACCCAGUGCAACUAGGAUGAGUAUUCAAUUAGCUGACCGAUCUGUAGUUCAUCCUAGGGGCAUAGUGGAUGACCUCCUGGUUAAGGUUGGCAGAUUCUUUUAUCCUGUGGAUUUUGUUGUCUUGGACAUCAAUGAAGACGCAGAAAUGCCCCUUAUACUGGGAAGGCCUUUCCAGGCCAUCGUCAAGGCUCUCAUAGAUGUGCAUGAUGUGACCUUAGUCUUGAGAGAUGGCGAGGAGUAGAUAACAUUUUCCAUUGCUAAUAAUAUGACUGCUAUCUUGCCUGUGCAUGCUAUCUCUCACCAGGUGCACGAGUCUGUCAUGUAUCCUUUUGUGCCUUCUGUUUUGCAGGGCCUCCCAUAUCUUCGCCACCACCCUCGUCCAUCCCGUUCACAAAAGAAAAGAUCAAGGAGGAGUGGCGGCCGAAACUGCAGGUAGCUAAGCCUGCUCAAAAGAAAGCUGGAGACCACUA